AAUUGUACAACUCGUUCUACAUGAAGUAGACGAUUCCAAAUACAAAAACUGAUGACUGGUGUUCAAAGUGCUGUCAAAAAAUAAUAUAUUGUGUGUUGUGUGAUGUUUCAAUACUGUUAUGUUUAAUUAACACUUGAUUAUUUUUUAACAAAUAUUUUUAGUAUUUAUUUAUUUUAAUUGAAAGUGAAAAUGACAACAGAAGAUAAAUUCAAUGCGGCUGUGAAUGUGAUACGCAGUCUACCAAAAAAUGGAUCAUAUCAGCCAAGCAAUGAGUUAAUGUUACGCUUCUACGCAUAUUAUAAACAAGCAACGGAGGGACCAUGUUCGGAAGCCGGUAGUAAACCAGCAUUUUGGGAUGUAAUUGGACGUGCAAAACAUACAGCAUGGGCUCGUUUAAAGAAUAUGCCAAGAGAGGAAGCAAUGCAACGUUAUGUGGACGAAUUACACAGCAUUGUUGAAACAAUGAGUUAUACAGACAAUGUAGCUACUUUUAUGCAGGCGGGCGAUCAAGAAAUUUUAGAUCAAUUACCAAUGGAUGAUCUUGAAUUGAUCGCUGGCGAUUGUUUAAAGUAUGUACGUAGUCAACCUGGUAGUCCACUUGCUUCACGUCCAUCUACACCAGUUCCACGGGAAAAUGGUGUUUCACGAUCACCAUCACCAACACCUAACAACGAAUCAUCAACAGCACAACCUGAAUCCGAUGAUGAAGAGUUCAUUGAUACUAUGGAGAACGACCCUGAAACGAUAAAGAACGAUACGGAAAUUCCAUCAAAACCGCUUGUAAAUGGUGUCGCACCUGGUACAAAAAUUAUUGAAUAUCCAGCUCUAGCAGUUAUUGCAAAUCCCCAACAAACAACAAUCCCAAAUGGUGUUAUAAACAAUUGUGACAUAAACAAAUCAGAUCAUACAAAAUUAAAAUAUACAUCGAUAGAUAUAAGUUCAGAAAUCGCCCGUACAAUCGCUGCAUUACAAACAGAUGUACGUGCAUUAGAUUCACGCAUCACACAAUUGGAACAAGCUGCGACAGCUAAUGCACAAAAAUCAUCCAAGUCAACAUCAGUUUCUGCAACACCACGUCAAAAAAUUACUAUUUAUCAUUUAUCACCAACAUUAUUGGCAUUUAUAUUAAUAUGGCCGUUUGUUGCGAUACGUUUAUCAAAUCGAUUUUUAUCGUCACGUAAUAAAUAGUUAAAUCAAUUAAUUGGAGAAUGGUUGCAUGCUGGCAUGAUAAUAAUUUUUUAUUUCUCUCACUCUAUAUUGUGUUCAUUUUUCCAGAGAGAUCGAUCUGGAAAACCUGGAAAUAUCAGAGAGUUUUGAGACAAUGGAAAAGCUAGUGAUUUUUAAUAUCGGUUAGGUAAAAUAUAAUACAAGUCUCUGGAAUAAUUCUGAAGAUAGUGAUAUCUCGGAAUGUAUAUACUCUGCUUCAAUUUUAACUCUUAAUCUUUGUGUUUGGGUUCGAUUUACCGUUAUUGAAUGUUUUUCGCUUGUAGUUCUCUUUAAACUAAACUGAUUUUUUUAAAACAUAGUUAAGAACAUUUUUAAUUAAAUUACCUUUCAAACAGACUGACAGAUAGAAGUCAACCUUAACACACCUCUCUUUUUUGCGCCGGGGGUUAAAAAUAGUCAAGGAAUUUUUGCUAGAAUUGUAUUCGUGGCAUAAUAUGGCAUUCAAGGACUAUAAUGAACGAUGUUGUCUUGCUACAAUAUUGUCAAAAAGUUUUGAGUUAUAUCCGCGGUAAGAGUAUAUGAACCUAUUGUUUUUUUGUUUGUUUUUUUUAAUGCCUACGUGCAUAAUGAUAAUGGUAUCUUCAGUCCCACUGACGGUGCCAUUCCCUCUUGUAAUCAAAAAUACUCGUGAAUAAGAUAUGCGCGUUUAGUGUUGUCGGUUGCUGUCAAAAUAGGUGUUUUUCAAUUAAACCACAAGCAAUAAUUUAGAUCGAAUGCAUUUUAUCGUUCAAAAGAUGUCAUGAAACGGAAAUUAUUAUCAGUUUUUCAAAACUGUAAAACUCUGUGGGAGAACCGUGCAAAAUUAUUAUCAUCCUAGCAAGCGAUUGGACACGGCGUAAAUUAAUAUAUUACUAAUAAAUUCAAUUUAUAUGUAUAGUUAUUAUUAUAUUUUUACAAAUGCUUUGAUGAUAAUGUUGAUGAAAAUGAUAAUAUCCUUUAGAAACACCCCCCCCCCCUCUCUUAUAGUUUUAAAUUCCUUCAAAUAGUUAUUAUCAACAAUUUUAAUAUGUCUGACGAAAUAGUAGGUUUUCUUUUGAAGUAUAAGGUUUUUAUAAAAAUGAUUUUGGGGCUACGAAAUAAUUCAAAGAGGUUAGAGAUCUGAGAAUAAACUGUGCAUAUUUUUAACCGACACCACUUUCGGCUCAAUUGAAAUGUCCUUUGUCACUUUUGUAAAGAAGGGGCAGUGUGGCCAGUAUCCAAAGACCUAAAAAAAAGGAACAUGCAUAGCAAAUGGUGUAGGAAGUUGAGGAACUUCUUGCACCUUUCACAACUACUUUGCAAAUUUUUACUUUUAAAGUAUGCACUUAAAAUUUCUGCUAUCCAAAGUUAUUUUUUGAAAAACCAGUAUGCUUUUUUGUUUUUAAUUUUUAGUAAUAAUAAGAUUUUAUGGUGUUGUAUAAAAUAUUGUUUUAAAACAAAAUUUAAUUGGGCAACUUUCGUGUAAUGUGGACCCGGUCGACAGUAGUUUUACAGUUUAAUAUAUCUGGAUAUUUUUAAUAUAAAACAAUGACCAAAAUAAUUAUUUUUCGAUUACGAAUGACUAAACGACAGAAGGCGUGACCUAAAACUAAUGCGACCAAUUUUGGUUAUUCUUUGUUGUUUCAAGGCGGAAAGUCCCAGAAGUUCCAGUCUAUUAACGAACUGUCAAAUAAAAAACACGUAUGUCAUGAAUCAUAAUCAAAAUUGGCUGUCAAUUAAUAUCGAAGUCCAUAACUUCUAUGGAAAUUAUUCCUAACAAGGUCAAAUUAUGGUCAUACAUAAAAGUAUUUAUUACGUGUAAAAAAUAACUUGGUUGUGAUGAAACCAAAUUUUAAAUGCCCUGCGCAUUUUUAUUAAAAAAGCGUACUAAAAUAUUGCAGUUUGUAGAAUUUUUAAAAUAAAAAUUAUCAAAUACGGAAAGAAUCCCAAUAUUAAUGGGAUGAUAAAAUAUUUAAAAAAAAUAGAAAAUUUGUAAAUAAAACCAUUUUAUGUGGAUAAGUCAAAAUUUAUUUUUUGGAAGUGGAACUUCCAACAAUAACAAAAUAGUAUUUUAAGAGAAAAAUUAAUACAACGAUUAGUGCUUUAGACUAACAAAAAGCGAUUAAAAAUACUGGAAUUCGGACCAUGUGUAACCGGGAAUAGAAUAAACGCGGUUGCUUAGGGAGAUAUUUUGUAUAUAUAGAUUAGGUAAAGUUGAGUAAUGAAAUAAAUCUAAGCUUUAGAGUCUCAAAUGAAGUUUCACAUUUAUCGACCGUGUGUUUCAGAAAAAGAUUUUUUCUUUUAAUCACAAUUUUUAAAAUAUUGAUUCAUAACUGAAUCAGCAGUUUUUUGAAAGUUGUCCUAUUUAAAAAAAAAGUUUAAUCAUACGGGAUUUUAACGGACGCGGAUCUAUUAGUUUUUAAAAAUUGGUUUAAGAAAAAAAUACAUAUUUUCGCUUCAUAAUAAUUCCAAAUAUUUUAGUUGCACAAAGAAAAAAUGAAUUAAAGACUGUUAAGCAAGCUUAGCAAAAUUUUUCCCCUGCUUUAAACUUUAAAUAAUU